AGAAUGGCGCAAAGAACGACUGCGCCUUCGUCCGCUUUUCGCGAGGCCGACUGCUUGGCUCCUUCACCUCCAGACUGCACUUCUCCCUCGCACAUCUUCAUACCUUGACCACAUCAACAACACAACAGAGCAUUCACCAUCAUGGCGGCAUCGCUCAGUGCGAAACUCAACGAAUUGCGCGCUGAGGCUAUCACAAAGGAUGAUCCAUCACUCAUGGAACAAGCCAUUGAGAUCGCCUCACAACCAAACUUCAGAAUGAGCGUCCAGGACCUGAUUAAAAGAACCAUGAGACGCGCGACAGCAAACGGCGCAACCAAAGUGCUCACGUACCUACUCGAUCUCGGCGCCGACGUCGAGGCCGUGCGCAGUCACGAGACCUUUCCCUGGACGGGUGACCUUGUAGAAAACGACGCCGACUACGAUUAUAACAAACCUCAUAUGGACGUUCUGGAGAUCCUGGUCGCUCACGGAUGGGACGUCAAUACCUAUGAUAGCGACCAAGGCGGCACACCUUUACUCUGGUCUGUCCUGCGAUAUCCUGAGCUGGUUCAGUGGUGCUUGGACCACGGAGCCCGAGUCGAUGAUCCCGACUAUAGACCACACGCGUUGGGAUACUCUUGCGACCCUCCUCAAUUCACUGCUGACGGUACAGAAACUCGCCACUCUGCGCCAAGAGGCCCCUUGACAAUCCUCGGACGAGCCGCCACAGAUGCAAGUGUCGAGACCUUCGAGCUGCUGCGAGCGAGAGGUGCUCCAAUGGAUCCGCGGACGCUGCACAUCGCAACGGAAUGCGGACGCCUCGAUAUGGUUCGCCAUCUUGUCGAUGUCGUCGGACUGGAUGUGAACGCGAUUGAAUACCAUCUUGGCGAUUGUUGCGCCACGCCGCUCUGUUACUUGGCGCAUCCACCCAGAGGAAAUGAUGAGAAUUACCGCGCAGUAGCCACUUUUCUACUGGAACGCGGCGCCAAUCCCGAUCUACCUUCUGGUCUUCCCGGAUGUCCCAUUAUGGACAGUGCCAAUCUAUGUGCUCAACAAUUCCACAGUGAAGUCUUCUUAAAUGCGGUGAAGGCGUGGCAGGCAAAGCAGCAGAGCGAUGGAGCAGACGAAGGUGUUCCCGACACGAAGCAAACUGAUGUCUGAAGGACGACGACUGCAACAUAUCCUGCAUCGAGCAGAGUCCGGCGACAAGCUGUUCAGGACAGAGCAUCUCGAUC